AUGACGGACUACCAGCCCAACAAGGCCGCCAGGGACCUGGAUCAAGACGAGGCCCGGCUGGCGGCCCUGGGCCAUCAGCAAGAGCUCGAAAGAAACUUCUCAUUCUUUUCGAUGCUCGGGCUAGCCUUCUCCAUCCUCAAUUCAUGGACCGCCCUCGCUUCCAGCUUGUCCGUCGGUCUCCCAAGCGGCGGCCCUGUGGCUGUCAUAUGGGGACUUGUCACAGCCGGCGUUGGGAGCCUAUCACUCGCAGCCUCCAACGCCGAGUUUCUAUCCGCAUACCCUACCAGUGCUGGUCAAUACCACUGGGCAGCCAUAAUCUCUCCGCCUGAAUGGGUAGCCAAUGUCUCCUGGGUCACUGGAUGGAUCAACGUUGGCGGUUGGGUCGCUCUCUCAGCGUCCGGGGGCACACUGGGAGGCUCGCUUUUCCUGGGCAUUAUCACCAUGUAUAAUCCCGACUUCAGGCCGGAGCAAUGGCACCUCUUCCUACUUUUCCUCCUAUAUACUGUUGUAGGCUUCUUUCUCAACCUAUUUCUAGGUUCAGGCCUGCCCUUCAUGACCAAGAUUGCUUUGGUUUGGUCUGUUUGUGGUUUCCUUGCCACCGCUAUCACCGUCUUAGCUACUGGUGCUCCGGACUUCCAGCCGGCCAGUUUCGUUUUUGGGGAGUUCAUUAAUUCGACGGGCUGGCCAGGCGGCAUUGCCUUCCUUCUAGGGCUUCUUCAAGGUGGUCUGUCCCUGACAGGAUUUGACGCCGUUGCCCAUAUGAUUGAGGAGAUUCCCCAGCCCUGCAUUCGCGGCCCCCGUAUCAUGAUUGCUUGUGUUGCAAUGGGUCUCGGCACUGGCUUUCUCUUCCUUGUAUGCCUUUUAUUCAUAAUCAAGGAUGUUGAUGCAGUUGUGUCCUCUCCCACGGGGCCCCUGGCCGAGAUCUACCUCGAGGCGACCAACAGUACGGCCGCGACGGUCUGCCUCCUGAUAUUCCCCAUGGUCUGUCUUGUUUUCGGUACUCUUGGGAUCAUGGCCACUAGCACUCGUAUGGUGUAUGCUUUUGCACGCGAUGGAGGCCUUCCGUUUUCGAGGAUAUUUGCCAGAGUCCACCCGCGAUGGGGCAUCCCGGUCAACGCGUUAUUGCUGACCAACGCCAUCGUGGUCAUAUUUGGCCUUGUCUACUUGGGGUCAACCAGUGCAUUGAAUGCCAUACUAUCGGCCGCUGUCAUCUCCCUUACUUUGUCGUACGCUGUGGCCCCUGCCAUCAACUGCAUUCGGCGACGAAGCAUGCUACCGCCAAACAGGGCUUUUGUGCUGCCCGAGUGGCUCGGAUGGACGUGCAAUCUCGUGGGCAUUGCCUACGCACUCGUGAUCGCUGUCUUCCUCCUUUUCCCGCCUGUUAGUGAUGUUACUGGCUCGAGCAUGAACUACGCUGUCGUCGCCUUUGCCAUCAUCGUCUUUAUCUCUACGGUUCAAUGGUUCGUAGAUGGGAGACGGAAUUUCAACGGCCCCGUUUUCGACGAGAGCGCGUUCGUCACCGUUACUGGGGACCAGGAAGCGAAAUGA